AUGAAAAGCUUUCAGAUACUUGUUAUUUUGUUCUCUGCACUUCUUACAGGUUGUGCUGCUUCAUCACCCUAUGACUAUUCAGCCACUACUGAUUGCUUGGGAGGGCCUUGGUCACCUCUGUACGACGGCGGGCUCAUCGGAAACCCGAAUUUCGAUUCGGGCCUGGAUGAAUGGGACAAAUUUGGACUCGGAAAAGUCGAAUUAAGAACGUCGAAAUACGUAAACAAUAAUUAUAUGGUAGCUUAUGACAGGAAAAUGGCAACUGAUAGCUUCUCUCACAUCUUUUAUGUGCAGAAAGAUCUCUACUACACAUUUUCAGAUUUGACAGCAUGGUUUCAAAUCGACGAAGGAAGCGAGAUAAUAUCGGCUUUCGUGCAAGAACCUAAUGGCACAAAUGUAAUUGUUGGUUCAGUAAUAGCUAAAUCUGGGUGCUGGUCCAUGCUUAAAGGAGGGUUUGAAGUUGAUCAAAAUAUGAAAGUUCAACUGUUUUUCGCGGUACUAAUUGCCACGUUUAGCAAAAACACGGAUAUCGAAAUUUGGAUCGACAAUGCCUCCCUCAAGCCGUUCACCAAAGCCGAAUGGCGAGCCCAACAGAACAAAAGCAUCAACAAGGUCCGAAAAAGAAACGUAAGAAUCCACGUGACAAGCGAAGAUGGACUAAAACUUAGAGGAGCAAAAGUGAUCAUCAACCAAACGAGGUCCGAAUUCAUAGUCGGCUCCGGCACGACAUCCUACAUCGUCGACAACAAGGGUUAUCAGGAUUGGUUCGUCUCGCGGUUCGCCGCAGCCACCUUCAACAACGAGAUGAAGUGGUACUACACGGAGGUGGGGCCCGACAUGGAGAACUACACGGUCACGGACGCCAUGGUCUCGUUCUUCAGGCAGAACGGGAUCGCCGUGCGGGGCCACGCCGUCCACUGGGAUGCCACCAACGUGAACCAGUACUGGGUCAAGUUGCUGGCACCCAGGGACAUCUUCAGGGCCGCCAUGCGGCGCGUGGGGUCCAUCGUGUCGAGGUACUCGGGGAGCGUCAACGGGUGGGACGUGAUGAACGAGAACAUGCACAACUCGUUCUUCGAGGAGAAGCUCGGCGCGAACGCCUCGGCCAUGUUUUACCAGAUUGUGAGGGCGAUGGAUCCGCAGACUCCGUUGUUUUUGAACGAGUACAACGUCUUGGAGUACCCUAUGGAUUUGAAGGUGAUCCCGUGGAAGUAUGUCGAGAAGAUUAGAGAGAUUAGGGCAUUUACAGGGAACGAGAACAUGCCGUUGAGUAUUGGAAUACAGGGGCAUUUCUUGCUCAAGCCGAAUGUUUCGCAUAUUCGCGCGAGUUUCGAUAUUCUCGGCGCCACCGGUAUGCCGAUUUGGCUCACCGAACUCGAUUUUAGGAGAGGCCCUAAUCAGGUGUUUGAGUUCGAAGACGUAAUGAGAGAAGCGUUCGCGCAUCCGGCGGUGGAAGGGAUAAUCGUGUGGGCGGGGUGGAAGCCGACGUCGUGCAACGAGAGAUGCUUGUCGGACAAAAACUACACCGUUUUGCCGACGGGGUGCAUGGAGCUAUGCCUCGUGGACAGCAAUUUCAACAACACCCCCGCGGGCGACGUGUACGAUAAGCUUAUGAAAGAAUGGAAGACGACGAACGUGACCGGAUAUACGGACAAGGAGGGAAUCUUCGAGGAGAAGGUGUUUCUCGGGGAAUAUUCUCUUACGUACUCUCAUCCGUUGAUCCCUCGUCCCGUGAUCACCAAGUUCAACGUCACGCGCGCUAAGGAGCCGUUGGAUGUUUGGGUUUCUUUGUAAUGAUUUUUCGGAUUAAGGGGCCGUAGUGCAUUUCUUGAAUAAAAUAAAACUUUUGUGGUAUUUUAUGUGCUAGUUCGGUAAUUUAAUUCU